AUGAGGCUUCUGCGUUCGCUGGCAUCCGCCUCCAUGGCGCACUGCUGGAGUUUCUGCCGCUGCAGCAAGCCCUCUGCACGGGCUUCUUGGCGAGGCUUCUGUUGCCGCAGUGCCCGCAAGGCUUCAGGGAAGGCGCGCAGCUGUUCGGCCUGCUGCUGCUGCAGCUCCUGGAGCCUCGCUACAUCGUCAGCAAGCACGGGCAGCACUUCCUCUAGCCAAAAAGGACUCAAAAAGACAGAGAGCAGGUGCAGCAACGCAUCUGGAGGCGCAAAAAGAGGCUCUGCGGCAAGCCGCCAAUCCACCCCUACAUCGGCUGCCGUCUCAGCAGAGGCAGCAGCAGCUCCCUGCCUUUCGCCAGCACCUGCAUCAGCGUCCUCAGGAGCACGCUCAGGGAGGCUUGCAGCCGUCGAGCCUUUCUCUGCUCCUGCGGCAGCUGCUGACUCUGCGUCAUGUGCGCGGACGGCAGUAUCCUCCUUAACGCUGAUGCAAGGGGCCGCUUCUGCUCCUGCUGCACCCCGUAAUGCAGCUGUUGCUCGCCUUGUAAAUAAGUUCCUGCAUCCGCAUCAUGCAGAGAUGUCUUGUGAAGCUCUCCGCCCUGUUGCCGUUGCUGCUGCAGUGGAUGCUGCAGUUGUUGCUGAAGUUCCCAAAUAUUCUGCUGCAACAGCUGGAGGAGCUGCUCGUUAG